UGUCGCACGGCACUGCGAGCGACGGACAUCGAUUCAGGUAGUCGGUCAGACAGACGCAGACGCAGAGCUGCUCAGACCCUUUCUCUUUCUUCCAUGUCUGUCGUGCAAAUGCGCGAACUUUAUUAUCAUUUAAGCACAGCCAUCUCUGUCGUCUCUCCUCUCUCUUUUACCCCCUCCUCGCUUUAACUCUCAAUCGUCUUUGUUCGUUCCUUGGUCGACGCACGCUUUCCCCCCAUCCUCCUUUUUCUCACUCCGCUUCCCGCUUUAUUCCUCGACACCCGCCAUUGAAGAAGCCGCUUCAUCUGCCAGCUGCUCGCUGCCGUUCAUCAACCCGUCCUAACUCACCUCCAGCGCCUCUUUGAGAGCUAGAUACUUCGUGGGUACCUCUCUUUUUCCGUCGAGACGUUCUUGAUCGGCGGUGUUUGGUCGUCGUGGGGGGAUGCACGUGAGGAGUGCUUGGAAUUGAGUAAAGCGCAUCGACCCGUUCGUGUUUUCUCAUCUUGCUGAGGCGAGGGGUGGUUUUUUCAGAGAUUCUGGAUCGAGCUGCCGUUGAAAACCCUUCCUUGUUGCGAUAUUCGUCUUCUUGAUGGCUCCUACGUACUUUCCUCUUCGCUGGGAGAGCACCAGGGAUCAGUGGUGGUACGCGUCCCCCAUAGACUGGGCGGCUGCGAAUGGACACUACGACCUGGUCCGCGAGCUCCUGAAGAUCGACAACAACCACCUCAUCAAGCUCACGUCCCUCCGCCGGAUCCGGCGGCUCGAGACCGUGUGGGACGACGACGAGAAGUUCCACGACGUCGCCAAGUGCCGGUCCCAGGUCGCGCGGAGGCUCUUUCAGGAGUGCGAGUCCAAGAGGGGCAAGAAGAAUUCUCUCCUCCGGGGUGGCUACGGCGGGUGGCUCAUGUACACCGCCGCGUCGGCCGGAGACUUGGGUUUCAUCAAAGAACUUCUCGAGAGGGACCCUUUGCUUGUUUUUGGAGAAGGGGAAUUCGGGGUCACUGAUGUGCUUUAUGCUGCUGCUAGGAGCAAGAGCUGUGAAGUGUUCAAGGUCGUUUUCGAUUUCGCGGUCUCGCCUAGGCUUUCGACGGGGAAAGGUGGAGAAUUGGAGGAGCAUAUCGGGGAGAUUCCUUCACUUUAUAGGUGGGAGAUGAUGAACAGGGCUGCUCAUGCUGCAGCCAGGGGAGGGAAUUUGAGGAUUCUGAAGGAGCUUCUGAGCAAUUGCUCUGAUGUUUUGGCUUAUAGAGAUGCUCUAGGAUCCACCAUCUUACAUGCAGCUGCGAGCAAAGGACAGGUUGAGGUGGUUAAGUACCUUACGGAAUCCUUUGAUAUCGGCAACUCCACAGACCAUCAAGGCAAUACAGCGCUAAACAUUGCUGCUCUUAAGGGUCAAUUAACCACAGUCCAAGCCCUGAUAGCUGCUUCACCCUCAUCUGUCUCCAUCAGAAAUGCUGCUGGAGAAACCUUCCUCCACAUGGCAAUUUCAGGGUUCCAAACUCCCGGUUUCCGAAGAUUGGACAGGCAGAUGGAGCUCAUGAAGCAAUUGGUGCAUGGAAAUGCUUUGGAAGACAUCAUAAAUGCAAAGAAUAAUGAUGGCCGAACUGCUCUUCACAUGGCAAUCAUUGGGAAUGUUCAUUCAGAACUGAUUGAACUUCUGAUGACCGUCCGCUCAAUUGACGUGAAUGUGCGUGAUGAAGAUGGCAUGACCGCACUCGAUCUACUCAAACAACGACCACAUUCUGUAUCAUCAGAUAUCUUGAUUAGACAAUUGAUUUCAGCAGGGGGAAUGUUUGGAGCUCGGGACUUCACGGCCCGAAAAGCCAUUGCUUCCCAUCUGAAGAUGCAAGUUAAUGGAAGCAGUCCAGGGACGUCCUUUAGAAUAGUUGAUAGUGAGAUAUUCUUGCAUACCGGCAUUGAGAAUGCAUUGGACGCCAAUGAUCUGGCUAUUCCCGGAAUUGUUUCAUCUUCAUUCGAUUCAACCAAUGAGAAUGACAGCUCGUUCAUUUGUAAGAAACCGGGGACUGCUAAUUCUGCUGCACAGCGGCUCAGAAAGGUUCUAAUGUGGCCUCGUAAUAAAGAAAAGAAUACCGAGAGAGGUAAAAGAUCGGGUGAUGGAGGAUCAGGUAACUGCAGCUCAGAUGAAACCCCUGUCCCGCUUCGGCAGAGAUUCUCGAAGCCCACUUCGCUUCCUAAUAACAAGAGGACGCUGUCAGUAAGAAGCAAUAUUUCUAGCCCAUCCAAUAGGAAGAAGUUGGCUUCAGGUUUAAGGGACGGGGUUUUGCUGGCUGUACCAAACGUGAAUCUUCCCCAUCGGUCUCGUUCGAGCUCGUUUUCAAAGUCACCACUUUCAUCGCCCAAUUCAGUGAACAAUUAUAAGCAGAAGGGUGUCUAUGCUGAACAUGAGAUUGCCGGGCCAUCAUGCUCCAAGGAAGUCAUUACAGAUGGAAGUCCGAACACAAAGGAUAAACGAGGCUCCUUCCGCAAGAAAUUUAGGGGUCAGUACUUCUGUUUCGGCACUUCGAGUCUAUCUCCGAGGACACCGGUUACAAGGAGACAGUGCCAGAAUCAGGCUUACAAGUGUCCUGUCCCUUCAGUGGCGUGACCGAAAGGGACCAAGAGAUUUGAGAUGUACCCAUGAAGACAGGCACUGAUCAUCGGUUGCAGCACGGAAGCGACUGCCUAUCAUGGAGCAGGUCCUUACGUUCAUGUCUUCUUGAUAGGCUUUUAAAUCCCCUGAGUUGUUUAAUUUGUGGUAAGAAUGUUUGUGUAAUUUCGUAGUCAUCGUCCUGUGUAAUAUAAAAUCGCAUAAUGCUGUUGAACAUCAACUUUAGUGAGGAAAAUUUUCUGUGUUCCUAGAGAUUCUCCUCUUUUUGUGUGAUAAAGGAAAACAAGAAACUUGAAACUAUUUCACAAUGUUCCUCUGCUC